AUGACUGAUGAUAAUUAUUUGAACACACAACAACAAAAGAAUAUGAAACUACAUGCCAAUAUAGAGAAGCUUAUGAGGGAGAACAAUGUUGAAGAUUUGGCAUUUUUGAGUCCUUUGAAUGAAGAUAAUAAGCCACAACAAACUCUCCCUCCAAGUCUUACCAGGCACAAGAAUGAAUUUCAAUCAAAGUUGGAGUCGAUAAACAAGGUCAAACUACCGAGUAAAGUAGAAUUAAAGCUGAAGAGAUUGAACGCAGAUUCUAAUCGAUUGAACUCUCUGUUACCAAAGGAGGCCAGUCCGAGAAAACAGUUGGUCAUUGAAGAAGAGAAUAAAAAGCUAAAGAUGGAGGUUGACAAUUUAAACAGGAUGAUUGAUUCAUUGAAAAAAUCCAUUACAGCAAAGGAUCAAGAGAGAAAAGAAUUGAGUGAAGAGUUCAAGGAUAAAGAGAGACGAAUGUUUAAAGAUCACGAUUCCAACUUAGCUAGAUUGAAGAGGGAGUACGAUCACAGGAUUCAAAACCUACAGCUCAAGAUUGACGAGAAGAGUGAAAAAGAAGUCCAGCUAUCGCAUAGAUUGGAUCGUAUUAAAGAAGAAAGUUUAGUUAAGGACUCAAUUAUCCAAAAGUUGAACGAAGAGGUUGUGAAAAAGGAAAACGACUACAAGAAAUUGAUGGAUAACGGAAGGUAUACAAAGGAAAGUCUCGGAGAAGAUUCACGAGGCAGAAAAUUUGAUGACGACGAAGAGGAGUUGUACCAAGAGCAAAAUGAUGAAAGCUGUGAUCAAGAUACAUAUUUGGAUGUGAAGGCAAGAUUAGAAGCGAAGCACAAACGCAAUGAAGCUAUUGUCAAUCACGUUUUGAUCAAGAAUGAAAGUGACGGAUUGGACGAUGACGCAAACUCCAUAUCUGGUAAAGCACGAUCCACACGAUUCUCUCCUAUGGAAACAAUGCCAGGUUCUGAAAGUUUGUAA